AUGGCUGAAGACGACAGCCUCGCCGCCCUCCAGGGCCUGCACCGCGAUCUAUGCGCCCACAUCGACCUCCAGCUGCCGGUGCUGGAGCGGCUGCUGCAGAAUUUGGAGCUGCAUCUGGAGGAGUUCAAGACGCUGCUGGACAAGAAGCCCAAGAAUGACGCCAGCAGGAGGCUGUUGUCCGGCGGAAAGAUCACCAUCGACGACAGCGAGUACGAGGUCAACGAUGACUUCAAGCAACAAACUCUCGAGCUUGCUGAUGCACUGGAUCUGGACGAGGUCGAUGCCGCGGCUCUGUUCAUGGGCGCGGCAGGCGAGGCCAAAGAGCUCGACCGUUCGCAGCUGCAGACCGCCGUCAUACGCUUCCACCGUCGCCGCGAAUACAUCCUUCUCUGCCUGCGCAUCCUCAUGAGGACCGCCUUGGACAGCGCGGACAGUAGAGAGACAGAGAUCGAGGCUCUGCCGAUAUUUCAAAGAGCCGUACAAAUAAUACUGGGCGUGGACGGCGCGGCGAAUCUCGUCAACGCGUAUGGGUACUGGAACAAGUGCUUGACUGGCAUGUCUUCAGUCGAGAAGUGGCUGCAGCAGAUUCUGGAGCGCGUUCAGAGUACCCAGGUGGUUGGACAGGUCCCGCUCCCCGGCUUCGUGGAGAUCAUGGACUUCCAGCGCCAAAGCCUGACGAGACAACACGAGAACCUGUCUGCCAUAUGCACACAUAUGAUCAAGGCUGGCUAUGUGAACCUUGACAACUACAAAGCAUUGUUGGCCAAAGCGAAGACCCUCGAUCGACACGACAUCAUCACAAUACACUACGUACCAAUGCUCAUUCGCUUGACGAGUUGGACUGCAACUGAAAGCAACGUCAUGCUGAAAGAUGCGCGAGCGCUUCACGACUCCCUCAUGGCAGAACGAGACAGCAACAGCUGGGCCCUGAGAAACCUGCAUGCUGCGACCUUGGCUUGGUGGUUAGCAGAGUACAGCGGUCGAUAUGUGGAUCCCAAUGACCAGGACCCAUGUCUACGAGGCGUCGAUCUGAAGGCCGAAGCUGAGGCACGCUCUGAUCACUUCAUCAGAGCACUCAAUGACGGAGCCUUUCAUUUUAUGCUAUCCAUCAGUCAGGAUGUGCGACCGACAAGAUGGUAUGAUCCCCAAAAGACAAGCAUGCUUUCGACGCUGCUGCAAGACACUGCCAUACUCAGUUCCGAGUCUACACAACCUGAGGAGUUUUUCAAGGUGGUGAUCAUGGAACAGCUACAGACUUUCGUCGACUCGUUCAUCACGCACAUGCCGGAUACACUGCGAAAAUUGAAGGUCGAAGAGGACGAUCAGCGUAGAAGGCUACAGCUGCAGUUCCAGCAAUCGACUGGCGAAUAUCCUUUACAUCUGGAGAGGUUCAUGGUUGUUGUAGCGUACGCUUUCGACGGCUUCUCCGAUGCGGCCGGUGACUUCUGGAAUGAUAAGGAAAGCAAUCUCUACGGAUUCUUGCAGUGGGCGGCGAAACGACAACCGACGCCUCGUAUCGCUAUGUUUUGCGAAAUGUUGCGGGCCAUUUCCACCGACCAAGAGAAUGCAGAUUCGGCGCACAAGUUUCUGCUUGAAGAGGGGGCAUCGUCGACCGGAAAGAUUCGACGCACUAGUUCCUUGAGCUAUACGCACAUCUUCAAUGAGCUCGUAGAAUUCGACAGAGAUAUCCACGAGCCGAAGAAAGCUAUCCAGGUUGGCAUAUUUGCGCAAUCACAAACACCAGCCGAUCAGAUCGUCGAGCCUGAGAGCGCAACCAUGCUGGAAAGCUACUUGCGACUUCUUGCGCAUUUGUGCAGACACAGUUUCGCUGCCCGCCAGUGGAUCCUGGAUCUCAAAGAAUACAACUACCUGGGUAUCUGCUUCGGUCUGUGCACAGAUAAAGUUGAGAGCGGACUUCGAGCCGCCGCAUACGAUGCAUUGUCAGCCUUGCUGGUGGGCAAGGACGUCAAUCGUGCGAGUAUCAUCUGGAACGCCCUGGACGACUGGACAAUCAAUGGCUUCUAUGUCGCCUCGAAAUCCAGCAGCACCAUCACCUCAGCGCCGCGAGAAGAGUUUUGGGCUACCCUGGCAGAUGGAUACGACGAAUCCAUCGCUUUCGUACGACUGCUUCAUGCACUUGUGGAACCUUACCCAGAGAGUGAAGGUCUCAAUGACGGCCUACCGUUCCCCGAAACUCUUGGCUCCUCGCGUCGGAUGCCAGGUGUCGAUAGCUACAUCGACUUCGUCAUGCAGCAGGUCUUCGCAGAACGUUCGCAGGAAGUCCUUGAUCCACUGCAGCGUAAUGUUAUGAGUUGGACCUGUCUGCGUUUCAUCGUUACAUGUCUGUCAACAUUCAACGAAAAUCUCGUUGUCUUUGCGAACAAAUCUAGCAUACCUGUCGAUGCUGUCAUCGACUCGUCGUCGCUUGCCGCCUAUGUCACUAUGCAUCCUUUUACGCGUAUCAUGGAAUGGCUCUUCAACGACAAAGUGCUCAAGGCCCUGUUCGCAGCUUCGCACCAUGAUGUCAGCGAAGUCGAUGCUGCACCAUCCGACUCACCCCUGGUCCAAACACUGAUGCUGAGCAUUGAAGUCAUGGAUCUGGUUAUGAAGUUGCAAGCCACCUAUCUUGACAUCGUCAGGCCCGUGCUGAAACAACAACCUUCUGUGCAAGGAUCCCCAGUCUCUAACCUUUCGCUGGCGUCCUUCGAGGAUGCAAUCCUGAACAAUCUUCAAAUUGUUGUCGACCUUGGCUUAUAUUGCGGUACUGGCCACGAGGCUCUGACGAUAGCAUCGCUGCAGCUUCUUCAGAAGCUAGCGUCUUCGAGAAAGCUUGCUGUAUCACCCGCUGGGUUUGGACAACGGUCGGGCCGCAGCAAGAUUGUCGGCAUCCUGGAGAGAGACAACGAGGCAGAGCGAAUUGGCCGGUCGUUGCACGGCUUGAUGCAGUUCAGCGCUGAAGAGCUCGAAGCUGGUCAGGAAGCCUCGGGUUAUGUUGUCAAGCUUCGCGUACUCGAAUUUCUGAACAGCUGCCUUGCGGCAGUCUCUACCAGACCCACAAUAGCCCACAUCCUUCUGGGGUUCUCGUGUGAAAGUACUACUGUUCGCAUCGCUGAAGAUAGCUUGUGGUCAAACGGGCAAGCACUCUUCCAUGCAAUUCUUCUCCUAGGUGUCGAGUAUCCCGACAGCGACGGAGAGCAGUUCUUGGCUUGGAGAUCUGAGCUCAAGACACGGUGCUGGGAUGUUCUUCAGAAGCUAUGGCGCUCGCCACUGACCAGUGCCAUCGUCAUGGAAGAGCUCCGAGAGAACGAGUUGUUGUUCAUUGAGGCCCCUCGUUUGACACCAAUCAAUGUUGACGUACCUUGGGAAGGCCUAUCCCUUGUCCAGGGCCUGGAGCUGCUCGCCACAGGCGACUACUCUGAGUUCUUCUCUGGUCCCCCAGCACUGGCUCUGCAAAGCUUCCUUCAGCGACGAGCAGCUUUCCUGGACUACGAAUCACGGGAGUUGCGUUUGACCGUUAAGGAAAACAUGUCCACAAUGAAGUCAAGAAUCCAGUCGCUGCUCCUUGGCACCACCAUCCGACCCGGUGAGGAUCCGGUGCCUAAUCCUGUCAUCUUCGAUCUGUUCGACUUCAUUGAGUUCGUCUAUCCUGAGCGCACUCUGCCAGACCAACAUCGAUUCUUCGAAGGUGUUAACCUUGCCUCGUGUCAGGAGGAGAAAGACGGCAGUCUCCUAUACUCACUACCAUUACUCCAGCAACUUAUCCUGCUGAAAAUGAAGUAUUGGCGGAAAGACGGCCUCAUCACUGACGGAAUUCAGGAAGCAGAGCUAGCUCAACAAGCUGAACUGUUACUGGCUGUCUUCGCUGACUGGAACCGCCGUGCUCAGCUGACCCGGUACCACAAGGAUAUCCUCCAAUCAUGGGUACAAGUAUUGAUGGUCACCGUACACAGCUGCGAGUUCGAAGAUGGAGCAAGAGCCUCGUUUAUACUUCAAACGCUCCAGGUGAUACUUCCAAAGCUGGAGCAGUCCUACAGCGCCGAUGUUUUUACAGCCUUGCAACUAGCAGGCCUUGCCGAAGCGCUCAUGCAAAGAGUAGACUUCACAUCGACAGCGUUCGACAAGACAGGCGACUUUUCGAAUGACCGCCUGAGCCAGUUGUUCCGUGCUGCACUCACAGGGAUCUAUAGCCCUAUAUCUACACCUGAGCUUCGGGAGUACUGCUACCAGAUCUGCUUCCGCUACAUUCACGGCACUUUCGAAAAGGCGACGGUAAAUUCUCCACUCGGUCGCCACACACUCAACACUAUUAAGAACGGCGGAAGUCAUCUCCUCGAGAUUAUCUGCGAUGACGCGUACAGUGGCCAAGGAACCUGCAAAAUCUCGGCUCUCCUGUUAUUGAACGCCCUUGUUGCGGUAGCAACACGUCAACAGUCAAAAUACGUUCUCGAGACCUUUGUCUCGCUCAACUUCAUUGGCGUCCUCGUUGAUAACAUUAAACACAUUCCCGAGGAACUUCGCGCUGCCGCCGCUCGUCAGGUCUCUUCCCUCCUUUCCUACUAUGACGCCAGUCUUGCUCUACUACUGCGUAUAUGCCAGUCGCGUCUCGGCGCGGCAUACGUGCUGAAUGCAGGCCUUUUCCCAGCGAUCCGCGACUCUCAGAUCUUCGCAGUGGACCCGGAUAUCGGGCUCGAAUUUGACAACCCAAAUGCGCUGAAGAAGUACUACGAACUCAUGCUCUCCGUGCUGCGUGUCACCAACGCAGCAGUCAUUGCGAGGGGGCGGCAAAACGACCAAACGGUGUUCCAAGCUCGCGAGUUCUUGAAGCAAAACAGGCACAGUAUGGUUGCCAUUUUCAAGCGGAGUGUAAACGUCGGUGGUGGCGAGAAGCUGGAAACGCAACAGGAUUUGGUCGAUUUGGUCGAUUGCUGGACGUUAUUGGUUGACGUUACGGCGUUCUUGCAGUACGAAGAGUCAUCGACCUUGAAGAAGGUGCGCAACAACAUGUUUUCGUAG